AUGGAAUGCUUCCUGGGAAUUGGAUGCUACUGCACCUUGAGUGUUUAUUUUUGGCAUGAGCCAAAACUGGGCCAUUGAUUGGUGUGUUCAUGGGGAUAACCCAAUGUGGACAUCAUGUCAGAUGGAGGUGAACCGUGCAACCAAAAGAACUAUGACGCAAAGUACCCUACGCAGACGCGCAUACCAAAUUUCCCCGAAAAAGUGAAAAAGGUAAAAAAGCAAUCUAAAAUGAAAAUAUGGAAUAACAUAUAAAUACCACUUUCUCUGAUAAGUGAAGAACUCGCAUCCUACAAUCUUUCCAUUUCUUUCUUGCACUUGUAUUUGUUGAUAUGAAGCUGUUUUCUUCGAGUGUUAUCUUGGCGACUCUUGCUGUCUUGAACAGCGUUGGAUGGGUUCAAGCGAUUUGCGAUUGCAAGCCUUCCGACAAUGGCUGCUUAACAACUUGUGUGCUGACUACGAACGAUUGUAUUCUGGCAUGUGGACGUGAUACCAAAUGCUAUACAAAUUGUAUCGAUGACCAUUGGCCUGGUGUUCCUGCGCGUCCGUCCGAGGAUUCAUCGAAGGACAAGGACUCCUCUAAGGAUAAAGAUUCCUCCAACGGCAAGGAUUCUUCCAACGAUUCAGAUGAAACGCACUCGGAUCCUUCAGCAACGUCUCCUCCUGAAUCUCCAUCCCAUGCUUCGUCGAGCGCCGCUUCCAAUGAUCCAACAGGUUCCAGCUCGCCUGUAGCUACUGCGUCGCCGUUAGAUCCAGGGGCUGUCGUGCCUACGCCCACACCUUCAUCCGCCACGUCUCUGUCCGGCUCUGUACCGUCAUUAUCGUCUACAGCCCUUUCGGUUGUUUCCCCUGUUACGCAACCUACGCCGGGUGUCACACCGGCCCAACCAGCCGAAGGCCAAGCACCAGGAACGGAUCCCAACGAGAGCACGGCCAGCCAAGGUUUUGCACCUGCGAUGGGAUUCACCCUGCUCAUGGUGGUUGGGGCAGUCCUCUUUCACUGAUAUUCUAUGAUACGUCAGUCCUACUUGUAAUACCAUAGAAUCCUUUUUUAUAAGUUCCUUUAUAAUCAUUUAUUGAAGUCUAAAUUCCUAUAUCAAAUAAAG